AUACAACUGGCAAUUCAGGCAACUUCAGUUUCAUAAAAAAUGUGUAUAAAGAUCUUGACGACAGAUGUUUGAAAGUUGCAUGGAGUGAUGGUACUGCUUCAAGAUUUCCUUAUAAUUAUCUACGUGAUAACUGCACGUGUCCAAAAUGUUUUGAGUCAUCCAGUAAACAAAAGCUUUUCAACACAGCAAGAGAUCUUAUGAUGGACAUCCAAAUUGAAGAAGCUGUCAUCUCAGAAGAUGGUCGGUAUCUGAAAUGCAUUUGGCCGGGCGGACACGAGAGCAGUUAUUCAUUACACUUGCUUCACAACAUGAGGAUGCCAGAAAAAAAUGAACUUAGACAGCGGAAUUCAGACAGCCUUGUCAAAGAUGAGCUCAUUCUUUGGAAUCGAGAAAUGAUGCAAGAUAAGAUACCAUUUCAUGAUUAUAAUGUCUUGAUGAGUGAGGAUAAAAGUUUGUUUGAUUUGUUGUAUUGUCUUUACCAACAUGGAAUCGUUGUGAUUGACAAUGCACCUAAAAGGGAUGGUGUUCUGCUGGAAUUGGCAGCUAGGGUUGGAUAUCACAAGAGAACACAUUAUGG